GGUUGGCUAUUUGACAAUGAACACACUGUCCUGUUACUUGUUUACUCGUCAGCGUUAACCCUCUAAUAAUUUUCUCCAUCAGUCAUCAGAAGUUUUUUAAGGAUUUUGUUCUUUAUAUUGGUUCUUGGAUAGUGGUCAAAGCAAAAUGCAAAUUUUCGUGAAGACUUUAACCGGCAAAACGAUAACUCUCGAAGUAGAGUCGUCGGAUUCCAUUGAAAAUGUUAAAUCCAAAAUUCAAGAUAAAGAAGGAAUCCCACCAGAUCAACAACGUCUAAUUUUCGCUGGUAAGCAGUUGGAAGAUGGACGCACAUUAUCAGACUACAACAUUCAAAAAGAAUCUACACUCCACCUUGUACUUAGAUUAAGAGGUGGAGCUAAGAAACGCAAGAAGAAGAACUACUCUACGCCGAAAAAAAUCAAGCAUAAGAAAAGGAAGGUUAAGCUGGCUGUACUGAAAUUCUACAAGGUCGAUGAAAAUGGAAAAGUUAUUCGUCUUAAAAAAGAAUGUACUUCAGAAAACUGUGGUCCUGGUGUCUUCAUGGCUGAUAUGCCAAAUAGGCAUUACUGUGGAAAAUGUACUGCUACAGUGCCCAAGUAGUUUUUUGUAUGUUUUAAAAUAUGAAUAAAAUUAUAUUUAACAAACAAAA